UGUGAAUCCAUCCAGACCAGAAGAAACCAGCUUCAUACAGACUCAUGCAGCUCCGCGGACGCCAGCGCUCACAGUGUCUUAAUAUCCGGCAGCCUUCAUCAUGCCACACUUCAUCAUCAUCCUCGUCUUCCUCCUGCUGCGGUGCUUCAUGGUCACGAGCAGCAUCUGUGAGAGCGACAGGAACAAGGACCAUCGGCCCCGCGUCAGCUGCGUGAGUCAGGGACUGACGGUUGUUCCCGACGGCAUCAAUAAAACAGCCACGCAGGUCCUGGUUCUCACUGGAAACCAGUUCACUUCUCUGUCCUGGUCCAUGUAUUCUGGAUUCACAGAGCUGCACGAGCUGGACCUGAGCCACAAUCACAUCAGCACACUGGAGCCGCCGGGUCCAGUGCUGAAGAAUCUGAGCGUCUUGCAUCUGUCUGGUAACCGGUUAACUGGUUUGGGAGGACUGGUGUUCCGCUGCGCUCCCAGUCUGAUGGAGAUCUACUUAGACAGGAACCAGAUUCGUUCCCUUCACGACAGCACCUUCAGCGAGCUUCCGUUUCUGGAGAUCAUUAACCUGUCUCAGAACAAGCUUCCCGCGCUGCCUCUGCGCCUCCUGGAGCGCGUCUCCUCCGGCGGCCUGAAGACCUUCGACUUGGAGAAUAACAGUGUCUCGCUGAUGCCCGACCAAUUCUUCUCGUCCAAACCCGAGCUGCCUUAUGUUUUCCUGACCCACAAUCCCUGGCUCUGCAGCUGCGCGGUUGGUUACCUCCAUAGCUUCCUAAACGACCAGGAACACAACAUCUACAUGCACGACGGGCCAAACAACCUCAUUCCUGCGUCCGAGUCCGUGGUGUGUUCCGGUCCACCUCACCUGCUCAAACGACCCAUCAUUGAGCUGGAGGAGAGUGACUUCUGUCCACCAGAUCCACCAACUCCAACUUAUCCUCCACCCCUCCACCCCAGAGGAGACGAGGAUUUCAGACCCACUCAUGUUCUUCCAGAUUUCAAACCAAAUUAUAAACGUCCAGAUAUUGGAUCCCCUUCUGAAUCUCCAGAUCUUGACCUCACUCCUCAUCUUACAGAUCUCGAGCCCCCUCCUGAUCUUCCAACAAUCUCAGUGAAACCAAUUUCCAGCACUCAAACACCAAUUGCUCCAUAUCACACCACAAUAGACUCCCACCUGCACGAUUCCACCAAAUCCUGGACAUCCAUUGAAACGUAUUGGGUCACUGAGACCUGGACCGAGAUGUAUUGGGUCACUAGGACCUGGACCGAGAUCUGGUCUGAAUUCUGGACAGAGUAUUUUACUUUGACUCCAACGGCCAAUCCAUAUCUUCCCUCUCAAGGCACCACAGAACCAAACACCUGGAAAACCGACACAUCCCAACCCACAACCAACUCUGAACCGCCAACCACUGCCCCAAUUAUUGCCGAAUCCCAAAGUCAAGAUACUGGACGAACUGAGCCACACACAAUCGCAUUCAGCACCAACUUUGGACUAAUUAUUGGCCAAUCCCAACCUCAAAGUACCACCCAACCAGAACUGCCUACGAUCACGGUCCAAACCACCAGACGGGUCACUCCGCCGACCAGCGUUGGUCCACACUGGGCAGAAGCUCGGGAAGCGUUUGGACGUUUGCUGCCCUGGUGCUGGUGGCUGUUUGCUGGUUUUCUGUUUCUGUGCAUACUUUCUGCUCUCACUUCCUGUUUCCUGUUCCUUUGGCUCCUCAGAAACUACCUCGUCGUCUACCUGCGGCUCAAGCGUCACGUCUCGCCCUCACGGGUCACCCUGCGGGCGUACAGACGCACCCAAAACACGCUCGGAUUGGAGAAUGAGGGUGAAAGCGUGAGUUUUUUACCCCUAGAGCGGAUCAAAGAUGCUCAAGCCGUGUUCCGGACUGUCCUCUUCAUCUCCAGAGACGAGCAGCACCAGAAGAAGGAGACCGAAGACGUCUCUUCUGUAACAGAGCUGGCGAGAGAUAAGGAGCGAGCGCCGCUGGAAGUGUUCAGGAAGACGCUGUGCAGAGUGAUUAGUGCAGAAGAGGAAGCAGGCGGAUGGACGGAGGAAGAGGAGCGCGGGGAGAAUGCGCGAUACAGCCUGAUCCUGAAGGAGGAGAGAGGCCUUCAGAGAGAGAGGAGGUGGCUGGUUGGAGAGUGGGAGAUGGGCGGUGGGGGCGUGGCCUGUGAGAGAUCCUGCUCUCUGAUUGGCCAGCCCUCCGCAGUCGCUCUGGAGUGAAGCACUGGUGGAUAUGAUUCAGUCUCAAACAUCAGUUCAGAACUUUCUAGUAUUACUAGUUGGUUCAAGCCAGUGAAGUAAUAAUAAAAAGUUCUUGCUCUUCUCAGCUAGAAACAAUGGAAUUAAUUCACUGUAUUUCACUAACUAUAGGAAACUUUGCAAGUACAUGUCGACUAAUAGCCAUUAGAGUGUUAGUGGACUAAGUUAGGGUUACACUGCAUAAAAUAUUUUCUUGCUUAGUAUUUUUGUCUUGUUUCUAGUAUAAAUAUCUACAAAUUCUGGAAUCAGGAUGCAUUUACUUGACAAUAUUAUCUUGUUUUCUGAAAAUAUUAUUCAAAUUUUGUUAGUUUUUGCUUAAAACAAGCAAAAAUAUCUGCCAAUGUGGUAUGAAAAAUAAUCUUAAUUCAAAGGCUAAACAGGCUUUUUCAAAGGCUUUUUUUUUCACCUCAUUGGCAGAUAUUUUUGCUUGUUUUAAGCAAACACUAACAACAUUUUUUGACAUAAUAUCUCAGGCCAUUUUACUUGCAUCUUAAUUCCAGAAUUUGUAGAUAUUUAGAUUAGAACACAAGACAAAAUACUAAGGAAUAAAAUCAUUUUUUGCAGUGUAGUAGAAUAAGUUUGCAUGUGCAUGCAAAGUAACUUGUAGUCAAGGAGCAGUUAUUAGACAUAAAAAGAUAUAAUUAGCAGAAUUAAUUCAUUAAGUCAUUACAUUUAUAUAGCGCUUUUCUGGGUACUCAAAGUGCUUUAGGUUGUGAGGAUCUCCUCAGCCACCACCAGAAUGUCUAAAUUGGAACGUUAAAAUAAAGUGUUACCAAUGGAAAUGAUUACUUUAUUUACAUAUGCAUGCAUUAAUUUAGCAGACAUGACUUGACUUAGCAGACAAAUGUUUAAUAGCUUCACACCAUUGAUGAAGUGUUGUUAAGCCUGAUAACUAAGCAAAAAUGAACUUAAUAGUGAUCUCACCUGAGAUAGUUUAUAUGAAUCACCUUCAGAUGGCAAUUUGUUUCAUUCAUGCUAAAAUCUCGUUAUGUUUCUAGAGUUUUUCAGCAUUCCAUUAUUACAUUUAUGGCUCUAGCAGACGCUUUUAUCCAAAGUGACUUACAAAAGUGUCAAUAAUACAAUAUUCCUAAUAUAACUGCAGGUUUGUUUACAUCAGGGUUCCUGCACAUUUUCCAUUUCAGAGUUCCAUACUUCUCCAGACUCACAUUUCCAAACCUCUCAGAAGAUUUUCAGACAUUAUUUAUCAAAAUUGGUUCAUACAGCAUUAUUUUCAGCUUUAUAUUUGGUAUAUAAUAGUCAUUCUGUAAAUGUUUUUUUUUCAUUGAUUUUCUGAUAACAUACAGAGAGCUCUUAAAAAAAUAAAUAAAUAAAAAAGAAUUUUGCAUGCACACAUGAAACUUUUUUGUGCCCUCGAGAAACUAUUCACAUUUGCAUGGGUAUUUUUGGCAUGCAUACGCAUUACAAUUUAUAGUUUUAUAUAACCUACUUGCUCAAAAUGUGGCUUUCCUUAUGGUAGCCCCUCUAACAUCAAGAGCUAAUGUCCAAUUUAACAUCGUCUGCAGCAGCCAUGAGCUGAUGGCACAAUACAGCUGUGUGCAUUGCCCUAUUUGCUAAGUUCAAGAGUCUAUAAAAAAAGACUAGUAUUGUAAAAAAGUGUUCAAAAUGUGGCUUUCGUUAGAGCACGUGUGUCAUAUUUCAAGGCCUUUGGUCUCUUUAACACAUACUCUGGCCUAUGACACCACACCGUGAAAUGGGCUGAAAAAAGUCUGUGUAUUUUUUAUUUUUGCAAAGGUCCUCGAAGCUGUCAUCCGGUGCUAAGAAUAUCAAGAAACAUAAUGUAAAAGUGCACCUUGUAUUCAUUCAGUCGUGUUUGACAAUCACUAAAGAAUCAUUAAACAGCUGCCAUGAAAACACACUUCUUGUAUGAUUUAUUUUCAUUAAAUUCUUAAUUUUCUAUUAUAAAAAAAAAAUAAAAAUGGGGCAAAAGUCUGGGAAUGCAAAUAUUUUUCCAUACUCUGCUUUCUUUUUUCCAUAGGUUAGUACGUGUAUGUGAAUCACUUUAAAAUGUCGCCUUUUUUAAUUUUUUAAAGAAAAAUCCUAUGCCCUUUUUUCAGCAUUCCAUAAUUACAAAAUGGUCAAACUUUCAUACAGUAUUCAGAACAUCUCUGGGUCGAUGUAGAGGUCUGGAACAUUUCCCCCACUUUACAGAGAAUUCUUAGUCACCUUCGAAAAUGUUCAAAUUCAUUUUUCUAAAUAAAGUCAAGUUACAUUUAGUUUUUUACAAACAUUUUUGCACUAAUAUCAAAACUAUCAUGUAAUUAUUCAAAACUCUAGACACAUAAUUCACAACCGAUGAUCAAAAUGCACAUUUUUCACUUUUUCCAAAUGCUUGGAUUGGAUACAGUACACAGGAGCCAAAGAUCUUUUGUUCACUGAACUAAAAUCACGGGUUCAAAAUGACAAAAAAACUUAACAUCAAAGUAUCACUGUUUCAAAAUACAGCUCCCACAUUACAUCUGAAGUGUUUAUUCAUUUCAUUAUAAUGAUCUGCUGCUCAGAAUGCUACGCUACAUUACUCUAGAUGCAUAGCUUUUACGGUUUUAAAUGAUGAAUAAUAUUAAAUGUUUAGAUUAUGAAAGCGACUGAGGACUGAGUAUCUUCAGGUGUGAUAAAUUGUGUUCAAUGACUCGUGUCUGUUCUUUUCUCUGUAGUCUAUUACAGUGACGUAUGAAUGUGUGAAAUGAAAUGUGUUUUGAACAACUAUAUUUAAUGAUUGCACUAACAACUAAACAGUGAAACUAUGUGUGAUCUAAACUAAUGUUCCUAUGAUAUUUCAUAAGUUAUUUAAACCAAUGAUUCUUCAAAUGCAAGGCUUCUUUAAAGAUAUGAAGGCAACAUGUAACCUUUUGAACGUUGGACAGCCUGUGUUACAAAUAAUGACUGUUUUGAGUUUCUGUUGUUGUAAAUAAUUACAAAAUUAUAGAAAGUUUUAAUAUAUUAAUAAUUUUUUUUAAUAUACUUAAAUUAUAUAUAUAUAUAUUAGUCAUUUAACAGAGGCUUUUAUCCAAAGCAACUUACAAAUGAAGACAAUAAAAACAAACCAUUUUGUGUCUAGUUUUUAAAAAAUGUCAAGGUUCAAAAUAAUUGUAAAAACUGUUUCUAUAAUGCUUUAUUCCAUCAAUACAGAUCAUUUCAAAACAGCUUUGUAUUAAUAAACAGGAAAAAAAACACUGCUAAUGUUGUAAAAUCAAUGAAUUAUGAGACUAAUUAAACUUCAGUUGUAAGUCAGCUCAGU